CCCGGUCUUGUAUUCCUCGCUCUGCCAAAUUCUGAGGUGCUGAUGACCCACGAAGAGAGCGACCUCGAGUGAUUUGCGCAUACAGAAAUCCUAAACUCCAUUUUCGACGAAUCUGAACUCCCAACAAUGACCGAAUUUAAUCCGGCAAUUACAGCUUCUCCCCCUUAUUGGCGAGAUCAUUCAAGUCCGGCUCUCACGCUGCAUCUGUGACGUGUGAUGAGUUUGCCCGGAGAAAGAUGAAGAUAGAGAGAAGUAUAUGGCUUUGUUUAUGUAUAAAGCCUAAUAUGUCUGUCAAGAACGGCGCUCGGUUCGACUUUAUUGUCGUCGGUGGGGGCACAGCUGGUAACAUCGUGGCUGCUCGCCUGGCUGAGAGUCCCAAUGCUCAGGUCCUCAUUGUUGAAGCCGGUACUGCCGACUCCAUAAACAUUGAUGAGAUCCGAACACCUGCGGAGGCUAUGGGUCUCCGCAACAGCAAAUACGACUGGUCUUACAAGACGACCAUGGUGAAGCGUGAGGAUUAUGAGCGCGUCGAAAAGCCCAAUACCCGCGGCAAGGCUCUCGGCGGCAGUUCGUCCUUGAACUACUUUACUUGGGCGCCUGGAUCCAAGGCCACCUUUGAUAUGUGGGAGGAGUAUGGUGGGAAGGAGUGGACUUGGGAACCCCUUGUCCCAUACCUACGUAAGAGCGUUACGUAUUACGAUGAUCAAGGCGUUUACCCCAAGGAGAUCCACAAGAUUGGUACUGGUGGCCCCAUCUCUAUUGCCCACUCGGAACUCCUCCCCGAGAUGCAGCCUUUCCGUGACCUUAUAACCAAGGCAUGGAAGUCCACUGGCGAGCCUAUUACUGAGAACAUCUUUGACGGGGAAAUGCGUGGCUUGACUCACAGCGUCAACACCAUUUACCGUGGCCGUCGUUCGGGCAGUUUCCUCGCUGUCGCAAAUAAAAAGAACAUUACCAUUCUUGCCGAUACUCAUUCCAAGAAGCUCAUCAUCGACGAUGUGGGUAAGGUUGCACAUGGCGUGGAAGUCAUUUUGGCCUCAGGAGAGGAGUUGAAGCUUUACGCCAACCGCGAGGUCAUUGUAUCCGAAGGUGUUUUCGAGACUCCUAAGUUGUUGAUGCUGAGUGGCGUUGGACCUGCUAUGGAACUUAACAAGCACGAUAUUCCCAUCAUUGUUAACUCUCCCCACGUUGGGAAGAAUUUACUGGAUCACCCUGGUGUGCCAUUUGUGCUCCAGGUUAAGGAGGGUUUCGGAAUGGACGAUUACGUCUUGCGCCCGGGAAGUGCAAGGCAUGACCAAGCUUUAAAAACGUACGCUGAUGGCAAGUAUGGCGGUCCCAUGGGUUCAGGCUUUCUAGAAAUGGUUGGAUUUCCUCGCAUUGACAAGUAUUUGGACAAAGUUCCCGAAUAUCAAAAGGCAAAGGCCUCCAAUGAUGGCAAGGACCCCUUCUGCCCUGGCGGCCAGCCUCACUUCGAACUCGAUUUUGUCUGUCUGUUUGGUAGCGCUUUCCAGUGGCACUAUCCCACACCAUCCAAUGGCGAUUUUCUGACCGUAAUGGUCGAUCUCGUCCGGCCAGUCUCCGAGCCUGGUGAGGUUACUCUUAACAGUACCGACCCUCUUCAGCAAGCCAGCAUCAAUCUUAAUUACUUCAACAACGACCUUGAUGUUAUUGCUAUCCGGGAGGGAAUUAGAUACGCCUACGACAUUCUUAAGUUCAGCGAUUCGUUCAAGGAUAUCGUCAUCGCCGAGUACCCUUGGCCUAUGCCUCUUCAUGACGACGAGCUAAUGAAUAGGACUGUGCUCGACCGCUCUCAGACGUCCUUCCAUCCCUGCGGUACUGCCAGAAUUUCAAAAGAUAUCAACCAAGGUGUCGUGGACCCCGGCUGCAGGGUCCAUGGAGUCAAGAACCUGCGUGUCAUCGACGCCUCUUGCAUACCCGUAAUCCCAGAUUGCAGAAUUCAAAACUCGGUCUACGCCGUGGCCGAGAAGGGCGCCGAUGCUAUCAAGGCCGACCACAAGGACUUUUACGGUUAA